AGCGCAUGCUUGGUGCUGGCAAAUUUGCUGCGGACGGGCAGCCAGGAGCAGCUGCUGCAGCUUCCGCUGCUGCAGCAGCCGCAGCAGCUGCAGCAGCUGCUGCAGCAGCUGCUGGAGGACCGGGCGCCGCCCGUUCAGUCAGCGGCGCUUCAGGUGUACAGACACCUCGUGCGGCACUCCAAAGGGCAGCAGCAGCUGGUGGAUGUGUGCUGGGAGCUGCUGCCCGCGGUGCAUGCAGCAGCAGCAGCAGCAGCAGCAGCAGCAUCGCAUGGCGCAGGGGAGUGGGUUCCUGCUUCUGACGCACUUAUUGCAGCAAAAAGGCUGUGCAGGGCGUCAGCCCCGUUGCUGCUGUCGCCGCCUGCUGCAGCAGCAGCAGCAGCAGCAAAAACAACGCAGAUUUCUGACUUGGCCUUCGGCCAUCUCUACUCCACGAACCCUGCCGUGAAGCUGCAGGCGGAGCAGCUGCUGCUGCAGCUGCUGCGGAUUCGGGCCGGCAGCAGCGGGGUGACAGAAGAAGCAGCAAACGCGUUGCUGUCGGAGCUGGAGAGCAGCAGCAGCAGCCUGACAGGUCGUCGGCUGCAGCAGCUCGGGGACUACCUCUUCCGCGUGCUGCUGCGGGUGCAUGCAGAUGCAGCAGCAGCAGCAGAAGCAGCAGAAAGCGACGCAGAAGAUGCAGCCCCAGCAGCAGCAGAACUGGAGCCAGACCUAGUCGAGGAUAACUGGGAGGCAGUGCUUUAG